UAUGCCAAACCGCGAGCAACUCGUGAAUUUACAUUAAAACACUAGAGCUAUAAUUAAAUCAACCCUUUUCAGGGCUGAAAUAGCAUUCCUUUAUUUUAAGCGUCACGGGAGAUAAAAAGGAGGGGAGAGGAUGAAUGGAACCCUUAAACAUUUUCAUGUGAAGGUUUGGAAACGCCUUCCAGGGCCACUAAACAUUCACCAAGGCUUCCUACAAGCAUUGGAGUUUGUCCUUUCGCCGCUGGCUUGAAUUUCCAUCCCGUUUGACCUCCAGCAGCCGGCCGACAGCCCGUCCUCAGCCUGGCAGCAGCUGUGCCGCGGGGAAGGACCUCGGUGGAGAAGACGGGACAGAGGCGACUGGGCUGUACCCGGGCGCCGGGCAGUGCCUGGGCUUUAAGAGAGCCCCGAGGCGCGGCCGGCAGCUGGCUCGGCGUCUCGGCGCACCGGAGACGGUGCCCGGCAGCCGCCCCAAGCCGCCGCGGAGCACCUGCGGCCGCCGCCUCGCCCGACGAGCAGCCCGGCCGCGGGAUCCCCGGCGGUUCGGCCGCUCCCCGCCCAGCCGCUCCCCGUCCCGCCUCCCCUCCCCGCGCAGCCGCCCCCUUCUCCCCGCCGCCGCUCCGCAGCGACCGCGGAGCCCCCCCGGCAUGGCGAGGCGAGCGGGCGCGCUGUGCCUGUGGCUGUGGCUGUGUCGCUGCGCGGCGGCGGAGCUGCGGCUGACCCUGCUGCACACUAACGACGUGCACGGGCGCGUGGAGGCGCAGGGCGCGGGGCCGCGGGGCUGCGCGGGGCCGGCAGCGGGCUGCUUCGGCGGCGCGGCGCGGCGGGCGGCGCGGGUGGCGGCCGAGCGCGCCGCGCACCGCAACGUCCUGCUGCUGGACGCCGGGGACCAGUAUCAGGGCACCGUGUGGUUCACUCGCUUCAAGGGCCGGGAGGCAGUCCACUUCAUGAACCUCCUGCGCUACGAUGCCAUGGCUUUGGGGAACCAUGAGUUUGAUGAAGGCGUGAGUGGAUUAUUGGAUCCUCUUCUCAAAAAUGCCAAUUUUACCAUCCUGAGUGCAAACAUGAAGGGGAAAACCCCAUUAGGGAACGAAAUGAUGCAGUACGUUAAACCUUUUACGAUAGUACAUUUUGACUCGGAAGCAGUAGGAAUUGUUGGCUACACUACAAAGGAAACUUCUUUUCUUUCACAGCCAGGGAAUGAUGUAAUCUUUGAAGAUGAAAUUGAAGCAUUGCAAGUACAAGUGGACAAACUUACUGCUAUGGGAGUGAACAAAAUAAUUGCACUAGGACAUUCUGGUUUUACUGUGGACAAAAACAUUGCCCAGAAGGUGAAAGGAGUGGAUGUUGUAAUUGGAGGACAUACAAACACGUUUCUCUAUACAGGCACUCCUCCCUCUACUGAACUGCCAGCUGGCCCCUACCCCUUCAUGGUUGACUCGGAUGAUGGGAGGAAGGUGCCAGUUGUACAAGCUUAUGCUUACGGAAAAUACCUUGGUUACUUAAACGUUACAUUCGACAAGAAUGGAAACGUAAUUGAAGCAGUUGGAAACCCUAUUCUGUUGGACAGCAGUGUUCCUGAAGAUGAGCAAGUUAAAGUGGAAGUGGAAAAAUGGAGAGAACACCUGGGGAAUUAUUCUAAAGAGAUUGGAAGAACGAGUGUUUACCUGAACGGGACAAGCCAAGCGUGUCGUUUCCAGGAGUGCAACAUGGGGAAUUUGCUGUGUGACGCUGUGCUUUAUGAGAGCAUUGGACGUCCGGAUAAAAAGUCCUGGAACCACGUUUCGAUGUGCAUCCUGAACGGAGGUGGGAUACGGUCACCCAUUGAUGAACACAGCACUAAUGGUAGCAUUACUCUAGAAGAUUUGCUGUCUGUUUUGCCCUUUGGAGGUCGAUUUGAUUUGGUAAAGCUAAAAGGCUCCACUCUGAAAGAAGCUUUUGAGCACAGCGUGCACAGAUACGGGGCAGCAAGCGGGGAGCUGCUGCAGGUUGGAGGAAUCCACGUGGUCUACGAUCUCUCCAGAGCCCCAGGAAGCAGAGUUGUCAGCUUGGAAGGGCUUUGCACAGCCUGCAGAGUCCCAGCCUAUGUCCCACUCCAGAUGAAUGAGAUAUACAACGUGACGCUUCCGUCCUACAUGUUAUUUGGAGGAGACGGGUAUCUCAUGAUCAAGGACAAAAAUCUGGGAUAUAGUAAAGGUGAAACUGACAUUGAAGUGGUUUCCCGUUACCUCCAGAGGAUGAAGACUGUUUACCCAGCGGUUGAAGGUCGGAUAAGGUUUUCUUCUGGAAGUCAUCUUGAAGCAAGUCUUACCCUGAUUUCUCUGUUCUUCACUGGAACGUUCUUGCACACUUGAUUUUUCCUCACUGUAUUUUUGUUUGGAGGACGGCAGGAAGAGAGAUGAAGCUGACCGAGGGAAAAGAGAACCCUUCUCCUUGCUUAGACCUUAAAUGAACGAGCGUUUGUGUUUCUGCAUGUUAACAGUAAAGGGCACAAUGGAAUCUGGCAGAGUCACUGGAGCACACUGUGCAGAAAGAGGGGGCAGAAUUCAUGACUUCCCUUCAUUUGAAUUGGCAGGUACCUGCAAUUCACUUUGAGGUUUCAAGAAGCAAAGUUGCAGCGACCGUUAACGCUCCAUCGUAAAACAGCUGACCAAAACGCUGCAUUUUUACCCUGUCAAAAGUCCUUUAGCUGCUUUAGAUAGCGAGUUGAUUACAAAUCUUGAUCCCAGUGAUGUAAACAAACUUCUAGAAAUGGAUUUAUUAUAGGUGUAUAUACCUUUGGUCUCCACUCAGGGUUAAAUUCUACUUUGCUUCCAGUGAUAUUUAUCGUACCCACAGCACUGCCUGAGAAGAGCUGGAUGAAACUCAGUGUCAUUAAAAGCAUGACAUCCAUGGACAUGCAAUUAAAAGAAGUCUUUUCCAUUUUGCUUUUGAAGAUGUUGGCCAUUAAUAAAGGAUGUAUGAAGGCUUGAUCUGGUUUUGAUCAAACUUGAACAAAUAGAGUGUAUGUGCUUCACUAUGUCACGACCCGUUUGGGGACUGUAUCUAGAGUUGAGAACACAAUCUAUGGUUAUGUUUCAGAUGAAUAUGCACAAUUUCACACCUCUUUUCAAAGCACAGGACUCCUGACUAUGACCCAGCCUCUGCAACAAUCUGAGAUAACAUGGAUACACGUGUGGACUCUGCCGUGUCCUCAAAAGGAGCCUCACAAUGGGGCUAGUUACAACAGAGCCUGGCUUUCUUGCCCUUGUGAGAACUCAAAAACCUGACUCUUGUAGGGGGAGGCUCUUCAAAAAUACACAGUUGUAAGAGACAGGCUAAAGACUAUAAAAUCCAAUGUAGGAUUAAAUGCUACGUGUAGUCAUUGCUGACACUUCAUGGAGGAGUGAUUGCACACAGACCAGUGCAAACAAUGAUUGUUCUUUCAGGGGUCCCCCUUUGGAGUUUUGACAUCAACGUGUUUCCAUGUUGUUUAUUGCCAUAUUAAACUGAUCUUCAGUGUUUUGAAUAAA